AUGUCGUUGGCAUCGGCACUCAUCCUCGAAGUCAGCCAGAUCAUAAGAGAUCCUCCACGGGCUCUUAUACGGUUAGGCAUAUUCGUUUUGUUUUCUAUUCUUCUAAUUCUUGUUACUUGGAAAGGCUCUUCCAGCUUAUCUUAUGGCUGGAGCACUGCGCCAAUAAGCGAGGCUGAGCUCAAGAACAUUUCGUUGAAAGCGAAGGAGUUUAACGAGAGCCCGGUUAAAGCGCCGUUUAAGAAUACCUUUUGGGAAGUUGGCCAACGGUCGAGAGAAUUGAGAAAAUGGUUGGAGAGGGCUGAUCACGUUGGGACUUCUUCGUUUGCCGGGCGCCAAUUGCACGAUGUGGUUGAGACGACAGCACAGGAAUUAUUCCCGUUUUUGAAGAACCUACAGCGCAGACCAGGAACGAAGACGCCGCUGGCUGAUUUGAGACGGUCUUUCACCAAGGGAUCCAAGGGAAUUGUUAUACCUGUUGGAGGUGGUGAACAAUCUGUUCGGUUUGCUGGCCAUUUGAUCGUCUGUCUGCGAAAGGUUCUGGGUUCUCGACUACCGAUUGAAGUUGUGUACGCAGGAGAGAAUGACCUACCGGAGAAGGGUCGCAAUAGAAUCUCGGGCCUGGAUGGUGCGUUGGAUAUCGAGUUUGUCGACAUCCUCACGGUUUUCGAUGACGCAACUUUGAAGCUAAAAGAUGGAGGUUGGGCUAUCAAGGCUUUCGCCAUGUUGGGUUCUCGCUUUGAAGAGGUGAUUCUCCUAGACGCAGAUGCUGUUUUUAUCCAACAGCCCGAGAAACUAUUCUCUCAGCGGGCAUACAAGGAGAAGGGUACCCUGCUCUUCCACGACAGACCUCUUUGGCAACAUGCCUUCAGAUCGCGCCACGAUUGA